CAAAAAAAAAACACUUACAACUUACGAAAGCUGGAGAAUUCUACCAAAAGCAUCGUCAUCAAAACUUGAAGAACCCCCAAACAACAAAAAAGAAGAAGCUUCUUAUCUGAUAGCAGUAAAAUCAAGGUUUUUGUUUGCUUCUCUGUGAUAUCAUACAACCUCUAUUCGGUUUCUGCUUCCUGCGGUUGCUGAUUUUGGAGCCAUGAGUUUCAUCUUUGGAAAAAGAAAAACCCCCGCAGAAUUGCUGCGGGAAAAUAAGAGAAUGUUGGACAAAUCAAUUAGAGAAAUAGAGCGAGAGAGACAAGGAUUACAAUCACAGGAGAAGAAAUUGAUUUUAGAGAUAAAGAAAAGUGCAAAACAAGGCCAGAUGGGUGCUGUUAGAGUGAUGGCAAAAGAUCUUGUUAGAACAAGGCAUCAAAUUGAAAAGUUUUAUAAGCUUAAAUCACAACUUCAGGGCGUAUCACUCAGGAUUCAAACUUUGAAGUCAACACAAGCCAUGGGGGAGGCAAUGAAAGGUGUGACCAAGGCAAUGGGACAGAUGAAUAGGCAGAUGAACUUGCCAUCUUUGCAGAAAAUCAUGCAAGAAUUUGAGAGACAGAACGAGAAGAUGGAAUUGGUAACUGAGGUGAUGGGAGAUGCAAUAGAUGAUGCUAUGGAAGGGGAUGAGGAAGAAGAAGAAACUGAAGAACUAGUGAACCAGGUUCUCGAUGAGAUCGGAAUUGACAUGAACCAAGAGCUUGUGAAUGCUCCCUCGUCGUCUGUUGCAGCGCCAGCUGCAAAGACUAAGGUGCCUCAAGUUGAAACUGCUGCGAAUGAUGAUGCCGGGAUAGAUAGUGAUUUACAGGCAAGAUUAGACAAUUUAAGAAGGAUGUAAUUUUGAUUCUGAUCCAGGGUCUCCAGUUUUACUGUGAAUGAUAGAGGUCGUGUUUACCAUACUACCAUGUAGUAUAAUUGAAUUGAAUAGAAGAUCAUGAACAAAAAGGGUUUUUAAAUAUUAAAUCCCCGAGUAAUUAUUGUAUA